AUGCCUCUGAAACCCGGUGCGAACCCCUACAAAAUCCUCGAUCUCGAAAAAGGAUGCACAGAAAAGGAGAUUCAGAAGGCUUAUCGUGCACAAUGUCUCAAGUGGCAUCCUGACAAAAACUUGGACAACAAAGAGGAAGCAGAGAGAAAAUUCAUUGAAGCUAAAGAAGCGUUUGAUUUUCUUUAUGAUAAAGAAAAACGAGCAGAAUAUGACAAAGGAGAGGAAAAAAUUCGAGUGGCACAGGAGAACUACAGUAAGCGAAUGGCAGAAGCUGAUGGAGUGAGGAGGAAAUUGAUCGAGGAGUUGGAAAAGCGUGAGAGCGAAUUCAAUGGUGGUAAACGUCAUGCGGAUGCAACAAUGACGGCAGCUCAACAGGCCAAAAAGAAGAAAACCGAGCAGAGAAACUUUAAAGAGGAGAUUGAAGCGAUUCGAAGACAAUUGGAGAAGGAAGUCAACGAGGAAGUUCGGCAGAAGAACACACUAAUGAAGGCUGAAAGAGAGAAACAUCAGAAGAAUCGAGAAAGAACGACACCUCAGCUGUUAGUAAAGUGGAAAGUAGCGCAAGGAGGACAAGAUUAUUCUGAAGAGGAUAUUAGGAAAAUUUUUUCAAAUUUCGGCCCAAUCUCCAACAUCUCAUCUGCCAUCAGCAAAAAGGAACGACGGAAACGGAUCGUCGAAUUCGAAGCGGGAACCAACGCGUGGGGUGCUGAACUAGAAACUGGCGAUAGUUGGAUGCCAGAGUUGACUUGCGAAUGGAUACAACCACCAGUGGGUACUGUGAAGAAGUCUGAACCCUCUUCUGCGAAGCCAAGUACGGGAAGCAAUUUGGAACACAUGUCGUUAGAAGAUCUCGAAGCCCAGAUAAUGGGAGGAUUUUGA